AAAGACGAUAUUCUUUUGCUGUGAAGAUCAUUUUAGGGAUCCGCCAUGGACCGCGAGACCAAUUACUUUCUUCAUUUUUCGGUCAUAUCAGCCAAUCUCGUCUCCUUUUCCAUCGGGAGCGCUUAUUCCUGGACAUCGCCGGUUCUGCCCAAGCUCCACGACAACGUGACGAAUCCCCUCGGCAAAGCGACGACGACCCUCGAAGAUUCGUGGAUAACUUCCAUGCUGAGCCUGGGAGCGGUGUUGGGACCUUUCCCGGGAGCUUUGUCGUCGGAGAAAGUGGGACGAAAAACCACCUUGCUCGUGUUCACUUCGCCGAUGGCCGCGUCUCAUUUGCUCUGCGCCUUCGCUGCAACCGUCGAACUCUAUGUACUCGCCAGGUUCCUGCUGGGUCUCGGAAUCGGCUGUUGCUUGGCGGUGUUGCCGAAUUUCGUCGCGGAAAUCGCCGAGGACAGAAACAGGGGUCUAUCGGGGUGCGUUAUGGGAGUGAUGAUGGCGUUUGGAAGCUUGUAUUCGUACGUUGUGGGACCUUUCGUGUCCAUACGUUUGUUCAGUGUGUGCAAUUUAAUCCCUGUCGCGUUAUUUUACCUAACUUUCGGUGUUUUUGUGCCGGAGAGUCCGUAUUUUUUCGUCUCCGUUGGCGACGUCGUCAAAGCGCGGCGUUCCUUGAGGAAAUACAGAGCUACGAUGGUCGAAAAAGAACUCUUCCUAGUAGUGGAAAGCGUGGAAUAUUGUAAAUCCCGCAGGACCGGUGGGUUAAAUACGAAGAGGGGGCUUUUUAUAGGGUUGGGCCUGAUGUUUUUCCAGCAGUUUAGCGGGAUCUGCGCCGUUUUAAGCUACAUGCAGACCAUCUUCCACGCGGCAGGCGACUCUAUCCCGUCGCACGUGGCCGUCAUCAUCAUAGCAACCGUCGCCAUGGUAACCACAGUUACAACAACUCAAUUGGUCGACGCGAUUGGCAGGCGUUUGUUGCUGAUCGUUUCCACCGCUGGUUGUUUCGCGUCGCUCUCCGUGUUGGGGUUAUUCUUCCGUCUUAAAUCGACGGGAUCCGAUGUCGAUUCGAUGUGGUGGUUGCCCAUCGCGUCGGUCGUCGCGUAUAUUGUCGCGUACAAUUUGGCCCUCGGCCCGCUGCCGUGGACGAUCACGGGCGAGUUGUUUACGUCCAAAGAGAAAUCAUCGGGGUCGGCGAUGUGCGCCUGCGCGUGUUUGACGUUAGCGUUCGCGAUAACCGUGUCGUUUCCGACAUUGUCCGAAACGUUGGGGCUGGCGUGGUGCUUCUGGACGUUCGGAGGAUGCUGCGCGGCGGCGCUGUUGUUCGUCUUGUUUUUGGUUCCGGAAACCGGGGGCAAAAGCUUGCGAGAUGUUCAGGAAUUGCUCAACGCUCGGUAGAAUUAAAGUUCGCCGAACGAUAUACCGUUUAAUAAUAAUAAUAAUCAUCAUCAUUGUCAUCAUCAUCUUCAUUUCAAAUUGUGUUUGUAUACUACACAAUAGGAAAACACAACGAAAAUAGCAUCUAAUACCUAACCAUAACAUUCAAAAAUUCUUACAUUAUUUUCUCAAAAUAGUAUUUUAUUGAGUAAGGUUCUAAUUCUAAUAUUUCUUUUAAAUCUUUUCAAAUUAUUUAUUUCUUUUAAACUGUUGGGCAAUUUGUUAUAAAAUCUUCUACACAUAUAGUAUGGAGUCUUCUCAGUUGGAGUUAAUCUAUGCAUUGGGUAAUUUACAUGUCGCGUUCUAGUGUUGUACGUUUUUUAAAAAAGAAAACGAGUGACUCAUAAAUAUAGACACGUAUACUGUCAUUAAACCUUCCAUCUGAAAAAUUAUUUUUUUAUUCAUCUUUUUAAUUAGCUUGAAAUGAGGUGUGGCUUUUACUUGAUGAAAAUCCAUUUAACAAAAUAAAUAAGAACUAAAAGUUCAGAUUUUCACGAAAUAUUCACAUGACAAUGUAAUAUUUACAAAUUACCUGCUACUUACAGGAAUUUAAGUUUAAUAAAGGAGAGGUAUUUAAAUCUAAUUGACCGUUAAGCAAUACAUUUUGUUAAUCUUCAUGGCUUCCAUGGCUGUGUUUAAUAAUUAGAAUCUAGACUAUGGUUUUUAAACGCUCUUUCAUGUUCGUUAAUGCGUUUCUGUUUGUCCACUGUAAAUUUUAGGACAUGAUCCGCAUUUCAACCUGUACACACCUGCUUUUUAAGAUUUUGAACACUUUGUUUUAUUGUUUUUUAAAAAUUUCUCUAUUGUGUUGUUAGUCCUGAAAGCUAUUUUUAAACCACAUUUUGACAAAUGUUUUGAAACUUUUGUAAUUGUUUUAAAUUGUUCGUCUUUUGUAUUAGGUUUCAGAUAAAUAGAGUUUACUGUUGUCUGGAUUUAUUUUUUAUUUAUAAUUUUAUGGAUAAUGGACGGAUUGUGGCCGUUGUUCAAUGCAAUUUGUUUAAUAAUAUUCAGUUCUUUGUUGUAAUUUUCUGUUGAGAGUGGCGUAUUAAGAAGUCUGUGUAUAAAAGAGUGAAAUGCAGCCAUUUUGUGUGUAUAAAGGUGAUUUGAGCUGUUAUGUAUGAUUGUGUCCGUGUGUGAAGGUUCGUGGUUCAUAGAAAACUUUUACUUAAAUGAUGUUCUUGUAUCAUAUUUUUUAUUUAAUUAGCCUUAUAACUCUCUUCUGAACUACAAGUAAUCUUUGUACUGCCCUGCCCUUUAGAGUGUGGGUUCCAACAGAUAGAUCAUUCUCCCUAUAGUCCAGAUAUGACCCCCAGCGACUAAAAAAGGCUUACGUGGACGGCGGUUUAACGACGAAGUUGAGUUAAAAGAGGCUGUUUUAGCUCAUUUUGUAGACAAACCAAAAGAAUAUUUUUUUUAAAGGGAUUGAGUUGUUAAUAAAGAGAUGUAAUAAGUGUAUUGAAGUUAAGGGGGAUUAUAUUGAAAAAUAAUAACAAAUUGUUACUCUACUUUGUUUCUUUCAUAUUCAGGCCGGGAAAUUUUGGCCCUGCCUUCGCAUAAAUACUUCAAACUGUUGUUUAAUAAAUGACUAAGAACAUCGUUAAUAUAGGACACUGAUAACUGAACUAUGCUUGCAGGUAUUUCGUCAUAACCACUACUGUGCUUAUUAUUUAUUUUAUUAGCAAAUUCAGUAACUUCAUCUGGUGACGCCGUUCUGAGGAACUUUGUUUGGUUGUUAAUUGGUAUUUUACAACUGAAUUGUUUGAGCUCUGAUUGUUUGAUUAGAUCUGGUAUAAUCGAUAAUAAAUACUCAUUAUAACGAUCUGGUACUUCCAUAGGGUCACCUUACUGUUGUUGUUUUACUGUUUGUUUUAUUAUCCGAACAUUCAAUCUUCUGUCUGUAUUAUUCAGCUCUGGACGUUUUUAGGAGUUUGUCAUAUUUUUUUGUUUGGUUAUGAUGCGAUUCAAUGUAAGCAUCAUUGCUAGAGAGUACAAGUAAAAUGUUUAGUUUAUUUUUAACUUGCUAGUUAUUCCUAUGAGAGUGCUUUUUUCUUUUAUUUAUCAACGGAAAAUAAUCAUUGAAAGAUCCACCAAAAGUAUUUAAAAAAUUAGACCAUUGCCCAUUAACCAAUUUUCUUCAGAUAUACACUCUAAAAUUUUUUUUUGGAUAUAAUAACACAUGCAUUAAUAAAAAUUUUAUACCUUAAUACAGUAUUAAUUGAAAAUUAUACAUUUUUUGGAUAUGGUUAUACAAAUCAACUUUUAUUACAGUCACGAAAUAGUGCUCGAUGUUUUUUUUUUUCAUCAAACACUGAUUAUAUUCAGAGACCAACGCUACUCCAGGCUCUGCUGCAUCGUUACAACUUUCAUUUGUUUGAAAUUCUCUUCAUUUUCCUCAUGACUCUCAUCUAAAGCACACAAUGCAAUGUCAACGUCAAAUUUUGAACAAGAAACUAAGUCACUCAAAUUUUAUGCCGAAUGGCGAGUGAAAAAUUAUCAAUAAAAUUGGCUUACUGAUCUAUUGAUGAUUAUUUAUAUGAGACCAAAUCGAAAAUGCAAAACUGUAAUGAGGAUAAUCUUCCCGUUAAUAUUGAGAGCCCGGUUUGUACUUCCUAGAGGCAACUAGCAACUAGUUUUCGUGUGUCAGAUUUGAAAAAAAAAAAUCGCGUAUAAACAAUCGUUCAUUUUGCAUAUUUAUGUUUUUUUGAAAUCCAGUGGGAAAUAUCGGAAAAUUACUUGCGGUAUUUAAACCUGAUCUUUAUUCCACAGGCACAUAAAUUUUCGAUAAAUUACGCAAAAUAUUACGGAGAAAACCCAGGCGUAGUCACUAUUUACGUAAAACCGGGAUAAAAUAACAACGAUUUAUAUUUAAAUUAAUAAUUCAAUUAUUCUGUUCGUUGAAAGUGAAAAUUACGUUGUUGCUUUGAGACGGGGAAAUACAAAAGCCAUUUAAGGAAAACUUUAUCUGUAUCCGGGUUACAGUAUGAAAGGUCUUUAUAUACUUCAAAUUUGCUAUUGCCAAACAAGCUACCUACCUUCAACCCAACAAUGGGAAAGGUAGACUUUCUUUAACCUACUAACGGAGAUAAGAUUGUUAGUUUUGUGCCUAAGGAAGGAAAAAACUCGUGCAUUUUUUUUCAUACUUAUACACCAUAAAUCCUAUUAUAAUUAAUCCCAAUCUCGACUCUGCUAGUGAAACAGAAUUAUAUUUAGACAUUUAGAAUAAAAAUUUAAUUAUGUAUAUAAUUAUAUUGUACAUAUUUAAUGUCAUUGUUUUUUCUUAAUGUAACUUAAUUACAUUAUACAUAGCUAAGUAAACAAAAAAAAUUAUUACCAAAACCUUUGAGGGUCUGUCCCAAAUGUUCUGUCCUUUAAUACCUACCUAAAAGACG